AGGGGAAAUUGUGAUAUCACUGCUCGCAAAGCAGGAUGGGAAAUGUGGCUGUAAGCUCUUCACAUACAGUGUCCCUGUCUUCAAAAUUUGCUUCAGCUCAGGACAUGUAAUGACACUGGCCAUUUCUGGAAUGUUUCCAGCAGCCACACAGCUCUUCAUACACAUAACAGACUCCUGAACAGAAAAUAGAAAAUGUGGCAGAGUGUUGGGUUGACAUUUUUGGUCUUUGUGGCCACAUUAAUCUGUGUCCUGCUGUUUAUGCUGUGUGGCUGGUAUGUGGUCUGGCACCUCUUCUUGUCUAAGUUCAAGUUCCUCCGAGAACUUGUCUGUGAUGGCGCCUCCCUUCAAGGAGAAAACGAAUCAUCCGAGUCACCUGCAGAGUCAGAAACCCCACUGACUCCACAGAAGACCAGAGCAAAAUCUGCACGACAGAGGAGAGCUCCAGCUGAAGAGGCCACCUAAGCAUGGCAACGCCGCCGCUGGGACUUUAUCAGUGGCAAUCCUGACAUCAUGCUUUCAGCAUCUGCACUGUAGAAGUCAACACUAUAUGACUUUAUGGGAAUAAUGGCUUCAUAAAAGUAUGGCACUAUAUGAAUGAAAUCGCUUAUGAAGUUUUAUUACCUGUCCUCAAAUACUUCCAAAGGAUGUGAAGCUCUAAGUGCAUGAACCUAGACAUGGACAUCUUUCGCCACUGCACUGAUUGUCCAACAAGCUGUAAAGUGUAAAUGUGGCUGCUUCAUUUUCUGCUUUGUAUUAACUACCCAGGAUUUGCUUCUUAGACCCCCUUCACACUGACACGUUUGUUUUUCAGGCGGUUCAGCGCUAAAAAUCACGCCGCUAUACAGCCACCGCACCUCCCCUGCCCCGUGUGAAAGGGGCCUUAGUGAGAACAUGGAAUUGGCAAGUUACCACUAGUAAUAUAUACUGAAUUUCAGCUGUUGUUUAUAAAAGAGCACCUUAAUGUAAAAAUGACCUACGAGCUCAUUCUGCUGCCUUGAUGUCCAUCAAAAUGUAAUGACGACAGCUUUCAGUGCGCGGGACUUCUCACUUCACUUCUGUAAUGUCUUAUAUCAGUUGUGUAUGCAAGAAGAAAGCACUGUGAGGGCACCUUAGUCAUGGUUAUCACAUUCAUAACUGUAGAGCGUUAGAUGCUGCUUUUCUCUUAACAUGGAAACGCAAUGUACUCGUGUAUUAGGUGCUCUUGCAUUCCAUAGGAUACUGCUUCUAAGAGAGCACAACUAUGGUUUGGCCUCAAGGAAGAAUCUUUGUUAAACCGGAUCUGGGACUUUUAGCUCUUUUUUUUUUU